GCCGCGGCUGCGCGCUGCUGCCGAGGGAGGGCUGCGCAAAAUGGCGGCCGGGCCGCCCCCGAGCGCGGCUAAAGGGUAUGGCCCCAACCAGUUCGUCUCGCUGCCGGCUGAGCUCGAUCCCGCUGAUUACGAUGCCUCGCCAGAGAAGCGGCGUGCUGAGGCUGAGCGCUUGGCUAUCCGCGCCCAGCUGAAGCGUCAGUACCAGCUGCAGCUCAACAGCCCGAACCCACCGACCGUCAUUGAAGAUCCUGCCCUGCUCCGCUGGGUCCAUGCGAAGACGCUGAAUGUCUACCCUACCUUCCGCCCGACACGCCAGACGUCCUUUAGGGGAGCUUUGUUUGCCAUAGGUCCGAUCCUCUUCUGGAUGGCUGCCUUUAAAAUUGAGAGGGAUCGUAAAGAGAAGCUUAUCCGAGAAGGUAAAUACGAGCGACCAUUCAGUGUUUUUUAAGUUGCUGGAGUCGCAGUGCUGCUCUUGGGUUAUGAAUAAAGAUGUACUGUAUGCUGACACUUGUCCUUCAUAAGAAUAAAUCUUAAUUGCUCAUUG